UGUUCGUCAAGGGAAAUCCUGUUCAGUCAAGAGCCUUGCUGCAAAAUGUCAUUUUAUGACGUGCUGGCCAUCAUUGGGGGAUUUACUCUUGUUUUCUACCUGCUGAAACUGGCCUGGGGAUGUUGGUGUGGAUUCAGACAGUUUGUUUUGUCCGAGCUUUGGCAAGUGGAUUUAAGGACAUAUGGGCAAUGGGCAGUUGUCACUGGUGCCACAUCAGGCAUUGGUAAAGCUUAUGCCAGUGAGCUGGCACGAAGAGGCCUGGAUGUUGUUUUGGUGAGCAGAUCUGAUGAUAAGCUUCAAAUGAUUGCCGAAGAGAUCGAAGAUCAGUAUGGACGAAAGACUCAAAUCAUCCAAGUGGACUUCAAAGAUGGCCAGAGUAUCUACCCUGCUAUAGCGGAAGAACUACAGGGACUGGAGAUUGGGAUUCUGGUUAACAAUGUAGGAAUGAGCUAUUCUGAUCAUUUUGCCUAUUUCCUGGAAAUACCAGAUGCUGAACAGUUUCCCUUGUAUGAUUAUUCUGACCAGAAAAUCACUCAGGUUAUCAACUGUAACAUGCUGUCAGUCUCUCAGAUGACCAGACUGGUUCUUCCAGGCAUGGUUGAAAGAGGGACAGGGCUGAUCAUCAAUAUCUCCUCUGAAGUGGGCGUCCGACCACAGCCUUUGUUGUCCCUUUAUUCUGCCACUAAGAUUUUUGUAACAUAUUUCUCUCAAUGUCUGCAUGCGGAGUACAAGUCAAAGGGAAUUAUUGUUCAGUGUGUGGCCCCCUUCAUGGUGUCCACCAACAUGACGAGAAACAUGACAGUCAACUGCAUUGUGAAGAGUGCACCAGAGUUCGCCCGUGAGGCCUUGAACACCGUGGGUCACUCCAGCUACACCAGUGGCUGUCUGUCCCACGCACUCCAGAACACGGUUCUCUCAAUACUCCUGCCGGACUGGUUUCGUAUGUCACCAUUCUUAAUAAGAAAGCUACGAAAUAUCGCUACAGCCAGCAAAUAUGAUGAAAGAGUGUGCAAGGAAAAGCUUGGUGAAAAGGAGGAAUAGUCAGGUGCCUGCAUCUGCACAGAAUCUGAAGUUCUAACUGACAUGAAUGUUGACUUUUGAAGAAGGUUAAUGUAAUAAAUAGGCUAUACUCUACAUGUAAAAAAAAAAAAUGUUGUACAAUU